AUGAGGUGGUUGCUGACCAUAAUCGCUCUCAUACAUCUGGCACGGUGCCAGAAAAUCGUCACAAAAGGCAAAACGAUUACGGUAAAUGAGGGUGAACAGUUGGAGUUGCCAUGUUAUGUACAGGAUCUUGGAUCGGAGUCGAUCAUAUGGCGACGAAAAGAAAAUCCUCUUUUCAUCGACGAGGAGAAUCUCGCCGAAGAUGAGCGUAUGCAGGUCAUCAAGGACGGAUCGAAUUCAACCCUCACAAUUCUUGAUGUUGAACCGAUGGACAUGAGUGAUUACGUUUGUGCCGUAUCGGAGCCGGAACAGGAAAUCGUCUACAAAAUCAUCGUACACUGUAAGUCCACCAGAGCACUUCUUGUCGCUGGGGAAAAUACUAAAACAUGA